CCUGAAAGAAGACGCCAUGCAUCGUUGUCUGAUCGUGUUCUGUCUCGUGAUCCUCGCGAUUGCUUGUCAGUCCAAUGCCAAAGUUGUAAAGCGUGCUGAAGGAAACCCUCAUGACCUUAUGGUACCUGGCCAGGGACAAGCUAGCAAGUGUUUACAGUGUAAACUAUCUGAUAAGAUGUCCUUAGCCGAGUGCUUGCUGAAACCAGAAUCUGAUCCUGAUAAAUAUGAACACUGUACAAGCGCACGACCUGAAUGCAUGACUCAACUGUGGCAAAAGAAUACUGGUUUAGUAUUUAUAUCGGAGUGUCAACAAAUAGAAGCUUGUAUCGAAGAAUCCGAAAAUGAACCACAUUUUAAUGAAUGUGAUGUAGCGCCAAUCUACGUGAAGACCAAGUGCCGAUAUUGCUGUGAUAACAACACAAUCACCCAAGGGUAUUAUUGCCCACCACCACGAAAGACGGUCACUUGCACAGUACAUGGAGAUCCGCGUUUCACAACUUUUGAUGGAUACAAGUAUCAUGAAGGUGGAGAUUGUGCUAUGUAUUCACUUAUGCACAUGGCUUGUGGCCACGACUUCAGAAUAGAUGUUAAAGUGACUGAGCACAAAACCAAAGACCAUUAUCGUGUAGGAUCGCUGCUACUAAUACAAAAAGAUGAAACUUUCGAACUUGGACCUAAUGAUGGCGUCAAUCCUGUCACAUAUUUGCUUACACCGGGUGGGGCGUCGUCACUAAUAGAUGAUGCAGUUCUCCCGGAAUAUUAUGGUACGUACAAUCAAUUCCUAUUAAGUAAACAUGCCGAUAGCUAUCACGUGACAAUGGAUCUCGACUUGGACGGAUAUUACGACAUUGUCGUCAGGUGGGGCAUCAGAAGAGUAGAAAUCGACGUUUCCCAGCCUUACAGUCAAUGUUACGAUAUCCAUGGUUUAUGUGGCGAUGCAAAUGGAAGUCCUGAAUAUGAGUGGAUUACACCAGACGGGGUGAAUGCAACAAGUGAUGCAGAAUUUCACACAAGCUGGGGUGAAGGAAAUGGUUGCGGUACGUUGGCAGGACAUUACCCGUAAUAUGCUAAUGUAGAUUUCAAAAAAGAAAGUCAUAAAUCACCUGAAUACUGAGCAGCUACUAAUACAUAUCAUACAUACUGCUGAUGACGAAGAAAAGUGUGAAGUAAUUUGAAAUUAUGAGGUGGAGGGUGAUCACUGGAAUGUAUUUGGUGUUAUUGAAGUAAUAAAAGGGCAAAUGGGAAAUCA